CGGGACGGAGCGGCGCGGCCCCGGCCCGCGGCAGCGGCACUAGCAGCAGCGGCACUAGCAGCAGCAGCAGUACCAUUUCAGAACUCACUUGAUUCAAUAUGGCUUUGAUUAGCCGAAAAAGCUUCCAGCUGUAUUCAUCCAGCGCACCAGCGAGCAGGUCUGCUUUGAUGACCCUAAGCAGAAGGUUGAACUUCAUCAGUGGGCAGCACAACCCCCAAAACUGUAGCUCCGUGGCCAUGAGGAUGAUGUGUGUCAAAGAUAAAUCUCAGUAUACGUUUUGUAGGAAAAAACAUGUACAACUGCAGAUGCAGUCACUUUCUGCUAAUGAAGCUGUGCAUCUUUGUGGAGAUAUGAGGAACUGUACUAAAUCAAAUAAUGUGUGGAUGGAUGAACAAUUAUUUUUCAAGAGGUUGAACAGCCUUUGUACAUCAAAAGAGAUUUUAUAUUUUCUUAGCUCUCUAGAAGUCAUGCCUGAUACAAUGGCCUCGGCAGCCCUGCAGAAGAUUUCUGAACUUGAGGUGGAUGACAAUGGUCUUAAAAACCCUGCGCUGUUAGAGAAUGAAGUUUUCAGGGCAUUAUGCUUCCAGUUUGAAUUUGAAUCCUCAAACCUAUCAAACACGGGGCUGCUGAAUGCCUUGCAGGCCUUGAUAAGGCUGCGUAUAGACCCGCAGAGUACGCUGAUGACGAGCCUGCUUUCGGAGAGCGAGGAGCGGCUUGGCAGGGGACAGCUGACUGCUGAACAUCUCUGUGCUCUUGGGGAGAGUUUGCUCGAGUUAGAAAGCCCCAGUUGUGCCACGCUGGAACAAAUUGUGAACCACAUGCAAGAAGGAGACAUUAAGAGUUGGAGCCCCAGGGAAGUAGUGAUGGUUUAUAAGAUAGUGGAAGUGACUGUGAGGGAAGGGAAACAAUGGCAAAGCUUGCUAAACAGGCUGAACAGUGUCACUUUAGGUGCAGUUUCCCAACUGAGCCCAAACUUUGUAAGUGAAAUACUGAAUUCACUGGUGGUUCUUCGGCAGACUCGGGCAGUUCUCUUAGUUACUGCACUGUGUAAACAUUCAGUGCAGCAUGUUCCCUAUUUCACAGAUCAUGAACUGGUAAAUGUUCUGGAAGCUUUCCUAUACUUUGGUCAAAAAAUGCAAAAUUUUACAGAGGCACUGGAAAGACAUGUCCCCAGGUCUAUCCACACUAUGCACCCUCAAACAGUCAGCAAGGUCAUGCAGUAUUGCUGUGAAAAGACGAUCCUUUCAAAGCCCAUCUUUGAUGCAGUGGCAGAAGGUUUCAUUUCCAGUGCUGACAGACUUACCACUGACCAGAUUGCUGCAUAUAUUAUCCCAUUUGGGACCCUUAACUACCUCCCUCCAAGUGCUUCUUCCUUGUUUGGGAAGCUUGAAACUGUGCUGCAUACCCGCCUGAGGCACUUUCAGCCUCACACCUUGCUGAACCUGCUGCACUCGUGUGUCCUUAUUCAACGUUAUCCGACAAAUUUCCUGCCAAAAAUAUUUAGUCCCUAUUUUCUGCAAAAACUUCAAGCUCAGCCACCUGGUUUGAACAGAGUUGUUAUGUCCCAGCUAACCCAGCUUUUUCUGACUGUCACCCUGGAGUGCCCAUUUUAUGAGGGUCCAAAACUCCUUUCCAAGUACCAGGUAAAGGCCUGUCCCACACCUCAGAGUUCUCAGGAUGUUCACCUCCUUAAAAGGGUGAAGACAGGAUUACUUGAUUUACUGAAAAAAAGAAUAUAUUUUGCAUCAGAGGUAUCAACACCAUAUUUCUAUGUAGUUGAUAUUGAGAUUAAAUUAGAUGAAGAAGGUUUUGUAUUGCCUGCAGCCCAGCUUGAAGAGGUGCACAGACGAAUUGCCCUGUGUGUUGAUGGUCAAAAUAGAUUUUGUGCUCAUAGCCACAAUCUGUUGGGAGAAGAAGCUAUUAAACAGAGACAUCUUCAGUUACUUGGUUAUGAAGUUGUGCAGAUUCCAUUUUUUGAGAUAGAAAGUCUACAAAAUACCAGAAAAAUAGCAGAUUAUCUACACAAAAAAAUCUUUCCUUGUACAUAAUGACUCAGCAACUGACACUGGAGAAUACUACUGGAUAACAGGCUGACCUUCUAUACUACAAAGUGUAAAUUUUGUGCAUGGAAGAAAAACUAUUUUUUCUAAGUAACUCCACCUCAGAAAAUGUGAGCUUCUGAGUGUGAAACCUUCCAAUAUUUGGAACAAUUGACAUGUAAAGAGUAAUAAAAAGCAUCGUAUUUUCUUAA